AUCCGUUAUCAAUACGCACUGCGCUCUGAGAAUGAACAGUAUUGUAGUGAGAGCAAGUAUCGCACUCUCAUCUUCUAGCUCUUACCCAGUCAAAUGAGCAGCCAUGACAGAGAGCGGGAAGCAGAUAGCAGUCCGUUGGAAUAUGAAAUUGUGUUAUAUUCGGCGAGACUGUCAGACAUUCUUUCUCCUCUGAUUUAUCGAUAAUAGAGGAUUCAUAGGCUUCUGCGUAUUCGCUAGGAAGAUCUCCGUGGUCAACUUCUGUUACAUCAGCACAUCUUACGCCCACCAUAAUCCAAGCAGACAUGCUGUCGUAAUACCUCACUAGCACAGAUUGCUUUCUGUUUAUUUGAAACGAGUGUACGUAGAGAGACAGUACAUGUUGGAGACCUUGAUUUUGCUUACAGAAAGCGGGCCGUAAACCCGGCCAAAUGCCCUUUCGUUCGUGACCCUGGAGGUGGUGACCCCCAGGCUAUUGGAUUUUGCCUCCUCCUGUCAGAGCUCCUCAGGGCGGGUCAACCGUAACUAUACAUCGAACAACGCUCCCUUUUCCCAGCGUACACUAACUACCUUUUCAAGCAAUCUUCUGUAAGGCUACCGUUGUUGCCAUCUAGAGCAUAGUUUUCUUGCCUGGACCUUCCAGCUACUCUAGAAGAACAACCCCUCGGAGAAUCUCCCAUUUGUCGCCUUGCAACGCGCAACUACUACGCGCAGGCUGCUUUGUGGAAGUGUGUGACAAUUUGGUACCAGCUAUUCGCGUCGCAUGGAUAAACCCGAAAAUCUUUAGUCUUUUCUUCAGUUUUUUCUUUUUGUUUCUGCGCACAGUGGGAAUUUUCCGUUAGCAGGUAGUCGGGAUUUCGCGGAGGUUCCAACAUCGCAUGCGUAGCUUUGCACAGCCUUUCCAGACCUACUUGCUGACUAAUUUGACAAUAGUGUUUAUCUAUCAGUGUGAACGUGGCUUUAAAUGCCGUGCCUUUCUUUGGAACUUUGUAUUUUUGCAAACCGUCAUCGAGGGAUUCGGCCCCGCUGCGGUUCAACCUGUUGACCAGGACAGGAAAGGACAGCGCCGUAAUCCAGGGUCACUAGAAGCUGCGUUCGGUGGAAGAAGCGACCUCAUCUUUCUCGGUCAACAUAUAUCCUUCAUCGUUCAAGAAAGCGAGAAAUCUUUGGGGAAGAUGAUACCUGGCGGUGUCGGGGACAUGUCUCUCUUGAAGAAGGCAGAAACCUCUGCGAAGGGUCGCCGGCCCUUCUACGACCAAGGCCGGCUUGUCUAUGAAUGGGAACAGUCGCUGGACGAAGUUCACCUGUACCUGAAACCUCCAGAAGGAGCUAAGGCGAAGGACCUCGAUAUCAAGAUAACGCCCACGACGUUGACCGUGGGUCUGAAAGGAAAACCGCCUCUCUUUUCUGCGCCGACGGAGUCAACCGUAAACGUGGAUCCGUCAGUGUGGAUGAUAGAGGACGGGGAACUCCACAUUUUACUGGUCAAGAUGAAGAAGGGAGAAGUGUGGAAUGCUGCACUUAAAGGACAUGGUGGCGCUCUCGAUCCGUUCAGUCAGCAAGAAGUUCAGAAGAAGUUGAUGCUUGAACGGUUCCAGGAAGAGAAUCCCGGGUUCGACUUCUCUGGAGCGACAUUCAGCGGAAAUGCUCCGGAUCCGCGGACAUUCAUGGGCGGCGUAUCGUAUAAGUGACCAUUUCACGGCCAAACUGUCGUCUGUUUCUAACGACGGCUGCGGUCCUCUGCCUUUCCUCCUCCAAUUUUAGCUAUUUGGAUGCGUUCGGGACCAAAGCUCUCGUCGGCUAGACCGACGCGCUCCCUUCGUGUCCGUAUCGCAGCUUGAAUCUACUUUUUCAUUGCUCCAAGGGAUAACACAGAGUGGAACAUGUGAUAAUGUAGUAUUUGCCAUGCAGUGCGAUUUGCACACCUGUAUUACCCAUAACUGCACCUGCUGCACCUCCUCAAGUUGAUAAAGGAACAUACCCGAGGGCUCUCUCUCUCUCUGGCGACUUGGCCCCUAUCCGUCUGGCUAUUUGACGUGCCUGCGCAGUCCAGCAAAUCGUUCCGUUGUUUCUCCAAAGUCGAAUUCUCGGUCGAACACCGUGGUUUCUGAGCCGCUCCUUCUCUUUUUCACCGGAGUCAUGCCCUAGCGACCCUUAUGAACUCUCGUGGAAAACAGUUACACUUUCGUGAGAAGCAAGUGACUCUGAUUGUUCCACCACAGUUACAGGGGUUAUAGCAUACCCUGCAGUGACUGUCACACUGUUGAAUCCUGGUACACACCGAACUUUUAAACUCUCGUUCCAGUUAGUUCGGACGGCACAACGGUCUUGACAGUGUCCGUGAUGGACGGUGUCUGAGUUUGUAAAGUACUUGCAAUGGACAACAGCUAAAAUCUGACCAUUUACGGUGACAUUUGCUGUUGAUUGGAACGAAAGGUUUACCAUUGGCACAGCGAUCCGGCUGAAAACCACCAGCAGAAAAACGAGCGCCGUCACUUGCGGUAUACGU